UCGCGGCCGCGCCCGCCGCCGCCCGGCCCGCGCCCAUGCAGGCCAUCAAGUGCGUGGUGGUCGGCGACGGCGCCGUGGGGAAGACGUGCUUGCUGAUCAGCUACACGACCAACGCGUUCCCCGGGGAGUACAUCCCCACCGUCUUUGACAACUACUCUGCCAACGUGAUGGUGGACGGGAAGCCGGUGAACCUGGGGCUGUGGGACACGGCCGGGCAGGAGGACUACGACCGGCUGCGGCCGCUCUCCUACCCCCAGACCGACGUGUUUCUGAUCUGCUUCUCCCUGGUGAGCCCGGCCUCCUUCGAGAACGUUCGUGCCAAGUGGUACCCGGAGGUGCGGCACCACUGCCCCCACACGCCCAUCCUGCUGGUGGGCACCAAGCUGGACCUCCGUGACGACAAGGACACCAUCGAGCGGCUGCGGGACAAGAAGCUGGCGCCCAUCACCUACCCCCAGGGCCUGGCCAUGGCCAGGGAGAUCGGCUCCGUCAAGUACCUGGAAUGCUCGGCCCUGACCCAGAGGGGCCUGAAGACGGUGUUUGACGAGGCCAUCCGCGCCGUGCUCUGCCCGCCCCCCGUGAAGAAGCCGGGGAAGAAGUGCACCGUGUUCUAGAGUGGCGGAAGAGACGCGUGGG